UGGUUGUCCAUGUGUAGGUUGGCGAUGCCAGGACGAAGGCAGUAGGCAUUAAACCCCAAGGAGUAGGCACCAAAAUCCCAGCUGCUUUACGGAUGGAGCAGCGAAGGGCAGGACCAGGGUCCAUUGAGAGAGCGGACUCACCCAAAACCCCAGACCGCAGUGGUUGCAGCAGCCCGGCCAGUCGCUCCUCUACACCUGGACAACAGGUGAAGAAAGUAGCCGUGGUCCGCACCCCGCCUAAAUCGCCCGGUUCGCUGAGAUCCCGCGCCCCCAUCGCCCCUGUUGCACCCUUGCCUGACCUGAAGAACGUCAGGUCCAAGAUUGGCUCCACUGAGAACCUCAAACACCAGCCUGGAGGAGGGAAGGUAAUUCAGUCAUGCAUGUUUGACAAAGUAUGAACACACAACUAGUAAAUAAAGAUUGUAGUUAAAAGCUUCUGGACAAGAAUCUUUGUUUGUCCAUCUGGGCUGUUUUUUUAAGAUCCACAUCACAGUCUGGUGGAGGUGAUUGAUUUAUCAUAGACACAAUGAGUGAGCAAUAGAGACUAUGGGCCCAAUCGUACACAUGGUGCAAUGUGGUACCAGGCGUGACGCAAGUGUUUUUUGCUAGUUUCAGCCUGAUGCAGUUUCCAUUUUCACGUCCUGCACCACGUUGUUUAAAUAGCAAAUGCAUUUGCACCCACUUGUGCGCCCAUGGGCAUGCUGGUCUGAAAACGAGGUGUGUUCAGGCGCAUUGUUGGCGCGUUGCUAUUUAGAAG